AUCAGACCUGCCGGGGUAGCUCAAUCGGUAGAGCGUGUGGCUCUUAUCAGCAUUGAUAUUCCAACCUCAAGGUCGCGGGUUCGAGCCCCGCCUUCGGCUAUUCCUACACAUUCGUUGACGCCUCUUUUUGUCUUCGCAAGGUCUGGUUGUGUUGGGAGGUGUUUUUGGGGCGGGUGGUAA